GCCAAUCCUUGCGAAUCACAAUGAGCGGCUUGCAGUUUCAACCUUGGACAGAUCAUUUCAAGUUGCCUUGUACUGACGAAGGCUUUCCUCAAUUGCCUCAAGUGGAGAAUACAAUCCCACGGCCGUCAGAGAACGAAUCGGAAAGACUGGGCAGUCGAAAAAUGGCAAUUCCAAGAUUGACCGAAGGAACUGAAUCUGCCUUCACAUCACCUGGUAGAUUUCAUCGCCGUCACGUACGGCGGGCAUGCGAAUCUUGCAGGCAAAGAAAGACAAAAUGUACAGGAGAUAAAUCCGGAUGCCGGAAUUGCCGCGAGGCUGGGAUCAUCUGCUGCUAUACAGAUGGUAAACGGGAAAAGUCAAAAAGGCAACUAGCGAGCCUGUCAGCUAAGGUUCAAGCAUAUGAAGACGUCAUCAGAAAGCUGAGUAGUCGAUUUGGGGUUUCCGAUGAGCGACUGAUGAGCAUAGCCCUAGCAGCGGAAAUGCCACUGGAACUCAACGUACAAUCAGACAUGCCCGGCACAUCAAUUGGUGAACAGAAGCCCCCAUGGAACUCUGGGUCUGAUCCGCCCUCCCCUCAAUCCUCUGUCGGCCCCAACGAGGUUAUAGACCACACCAAGGAGGAUUUCAACAGAGAUGAGGCUGCCCGGGCAACAGGGUAUAUGGGCAGAAGCUCCGUGAUUGCUUGGCUACAAAUGUUGAGUAAAGAAGUCAACCAGGAAUGUGAAUCCUGGCCUCCCAAUUCUGAUACGGGCGACGAUAAUGGCGUGCCAUCUCCAUCCUUGACCCCUCGACCUGAUGGCCAAAGCGACCCGCUAGUUGCCUCGUCAAACUUCUACCUCGAUGAUCUGGACCUACCAGCGAUUGAGCCGCUCGAUGCAAGUGAUAUUCCUUCAAGAGACACUGCUACCAAACUUCUCAAUGCAUAUCUACAUUCAGUACAUCCUUCUUUUCCGAUCAUCGGCAUCUCGACAUUCUUAUCGCAAUUCCAAGUAUUCUUCAACCAGCCCCCAGUAAAGCCAGGAAAGAAGUGGCUGGCGAUUCUGAAUCUCAUAUUCGCCAUUGGUGCAAAAUAUGCCCACAUUACCAAUGCGGAGUGGAAAUGUGGCGAGGAUGACGAUCUCACAUAUUUUUCGAAAGCUAGGAGUUUGAGCUUAGAGGACGAACUCCUUCAUCAUCCUGAUCUCCAGCAGCUACAGGUUGAAGGACUGGCAUCUUUAUAUUUACUGGCCUCUGGCCACAUCAAUCGAGCAUGGAAACUGUCUGGCAGUGCGAUGCGCGGGGCCUUUGCUUUGGGGCUGCAUCUACGCAAUGUGGGAAUCUGUACAUCAGAUACUUCCAAGGAGAUCAGAUACCGUGUUUGGUGGUCUUUGUACACCCUCGAUCAUCUGCUCAGUGCGAUGACGGGACGGCCGUCGUGUAUCGUCGAUAACUCAUGUACCACUCCCUUACCGGUACCGUUCGAUGAGUCUGAUUUUCAGAAAGAAGAGGUGGUGCGCAUGAUAGGUGAUACAUCAAGAGGCAACUCGAACCAGCUGGACCGGAUCCCCCCAGUCUGUCCAAGUGCGUCUGACCUGAGCACUACCUUGGAUGCUGAAACAACCGAUGGAACGGCCAACACGAAAGCUUCAGGAAGUAGCAUGGUUGAGUACUUGAAGAGUCUUCCCCCGUGCAUGUCGUUAUAUUUCAUUCAGCUCUCCACGCUCACUUCAAUCAACAAGAGGAUGACUGCCAAGCUAUAUGGUCCCGAGGCGAUGCAUUCUCCUUGGCCAAGCAAAGAAUUCACAAUUCAGAGCCUGAUGCUUGAAAUUGAUUCGUGGUUUAUGAACCUGCCUAGUGCUUACGAUUUCACAUCGACUCAAACGUCACAGUGUCCUGCAAGCCAAAGGAUGAGCCUUGCUCUUCUGUUCUAUAGCACAAAGAUUGGUAUCACGAGGCCAUGCCUUUGCCGCCUGGACUCAACUCGUUCGCAAGGGGAAAAGACUUUUGAUUUCUGUACCAAGACCGCAGCUGAGUGUGUCGAGUCGGCUUGCCACAUGCUGACACUCCUACCUGAAAGCGCAGACGCUACUUUACUUUACAAAGUGUCACCAUGGUGGUGCAUUCUACACUAUCUGAUGCAAGCGGCUACUGUCCUGCUUCUCGAGCUUACUUUUCGUGCUCAACAUGUCCCAGAUAAAGCGUCAAUAGUCUCCAAAGCGGCCAAAAAGGCCCUGGAGUGGCUGUCAGCUAUGUCGACUUUUGAUGAGGCCUCGGAAAGAGCUUGGCGACUUUGUGAUGGAUUCCUCAGGCGACUUGCACCGCAUGUCGGUGUUGAUAUUGAGGAUUUCCCCACCGCAGGUGAUACUGCUGACGCUACACCCGAUGCUCAGUUUGAUGAUGCGGAAUAUACAGCUGUGGGUAGAACAAGUGCCGACAAUCUAGCUACUGAGCUAGAUGUCAUUGCAUGCUCACCCAUGAAUGAACCAAACUCCCCUCUGCCUGGACCGAUGGCAUUCGAAUUGGACUCGUCGGAUCCAUUCGACUUCCUGAAAACUGAUAAAUCAGUGUCAGGUCGCAAUACGUUCGACGACCUUUUCCCAUACGAUGCAGAUACAGGUCAGAUCACAGGAUCUUUCUUCCCUCCUGGAAACAACAUCGACUUUGAUCUGGGAUGCUUCUGGGGCGACCCCAUUUUUUGGAAAGAUUAGCACCAGAGGAGUGGCCUACGUCAAUAUGAAAAUACCAAGGAUUGGGAGACCGACAAGAUAAAGACGCAUUGUUACAAGGAGCAAUCAUUAUCAAAAGCAUGUUAGCCAACCUUUCAUGCGCAUGCACCUGCGCAUGACGGAGCUUCGGAUUUUCUCAUCAUCAAUCUUCGGAAGCGGCGCACCGGGACAACUCUCACU